CCUGAGAGCACCAAUCCAAUCAAGAAGUUUUUCCCUGAGAGCACCAAUCCAAUCAAGACGUUCUUCCCUGAGAGCACCAAUCCAAUCAAGAGGGUCUUCCCUGAGAGCACCAAUCCAAUCAAGAAGGUCUUCCCUGUGAGCAUCAAUCCAAUCAAGGUCUUCCCUGAGAGCAUCGAUCCAAUCAAGAAGGUUUUCCCUGAGAGCAUCAAUCGAAUCAAG